AUGGUUGGCAAGCUAAUACCAAAGUAUGUCCUCGCGUCCGUCGCCGUGGCAUUAGGCGGCUUCAUCAACGGCUAUGACACGGGAUCCGUAGGCGCGGUAAUGGAGAUGGACGAAUUCACAAAAACAAUGGGCCCAUUGUCGCCUUUUCUGAUUGGGUUCUCGGUAUCGCUCAUUAUGCUCACUGGCGCGGUGCCGUCCGUGUUUGGAGGCCAGCUCGCAGACUCUCUGGGCAGAUUAAAGGUCAUUAUGCUGGGGGCCGUGCUCUUUGGUAUUGGCGCCGCCAUCGAAGGGAGCGCUUCGAGUCUGGGCCGAUUCUUGGCUGGAAGGGCCAUUGCCGGGUUUGGCCAGGGCGUGUUCCUGAGCAACGUGAGCGUGUACAUUUGCGAGAUUGCGCCCGUCAAACACCGUGGCAUUCUGGCUGGUCUGCCUCAGUUUAUGGCGACGGCCGGUAUAUGCGUGGGGUAUUUCACAUGUUACGGAACUGUCAACAUUCCCUCCGACAUGUCGUGGAGAAUCCCGUAUAUUAUUCAGUGCGUCAUCAGCAUCUUUUUCGUUGCCAGCUGCAUGGUUAUUCCAGACUCGCCGAGGUGGUUGAUGUUGCAUGGGAGGCGGCAAAAUGCUCUCAUGGCGCUAGACUGGUUGGACUUUUCCAUGAUCGAGGCCGAACGGGACUUUCUCACGGCCACCGAGCAGAGGAGCAGUCUUUCUCUGUGGCAGAGUUUGGUGUUACUCUUCCGCCGAGGAUAUCGAUCGCGGACUAUCCUGGCCCUGUUUGUUUUGGGCAUGGUCCAACUUUCAGGCAUAGAUGGAGUCUUAUACUAUGCCCCCGUACUAUUUUCACAAGCUGGGCUCUCGUCAUCGACGGCGUCUUUUCUUGCUUCUGGCCUCUCGGCCAUUUUGAUGCUUGCGAUAUCGAUCCCGGCCUUCUUGCUCGCCGAUAAAUGGGGACGUCGAACCUCUGCAAUCGCUGGAGGUAUUGUUCUUGGGACCAUCAUGUUGUUGAUCGGCACCCUAUACGCUGCCGGGGUGGUACAUCCGUACGGAGUUGCCCGCUGGGUCGUUAUCGCGUCCGUCUUUGCGUUUGGUCUAACGUAUUGCGCGACCUGGGGAAUUGUUGGCAAGAUCUACGCAAGCGAAAUUCAGCCUUCAAACACACGUGCUGCUGCAAACUCUAUAGCUCAAGGUCUUGCUUUUUUUACAAAUUGGCUUGUCGCAAUUCUGACACCAAUCCUGCUGGACAAAUCUGCCUUUGGUGCCUAUUUUCUGUUUGGAGGACUUGCUCUCGGUACUGUCGCUGUGCUCGCAGCUUACAUGCCAGAGACCCGUGGCCGGUCGCUUGAAGAAAUCCAAGAAGCUUUCCAUCAGCCAGGAAUCAAUAAUCUAGCACAAAGUCUGCGAAGACGGCUUCUGCGUAAAGUGGGAACUGCAAAGGAAAGCAUUGAGCUUGCCGAUGCUGGGAAUAAUUCACUGGCUCUGCCGGAAUCUAAUGGAUCCUCGCUGACCGGUCUGCGGCUUGCUGUCAAUACAGCUUGA